AUUUGCUUCUCUAACAAGACGAGCCAAGAAAAAACAAGGAGGAAGAAGAUGAAGAAGAAGCUAAUGUGAUGAGUAGUGUUGUCUGUAAAAAAGCUAAAAACAGAAGUGAAGUUUGAAAGAACAACCUGUCUGAAACAAAAAAAUAUCUCUCAUUUUCAAAGGGUAUUCGCAUUUCUAGGAAAUAUCCAGAUCCGAAAUACCCUCUCUUUCUCUUUCAAUCUUGCUGUCGCACAAUAACCUUGCAAAGACCAAAAAAGGGUCCAAAUUUAUCCUUUUUUUCUUUUUUGCCUUGUAAUUGGGUUUUUUUUUUUCUUUUUUGCAUGGUUUUAAUAGUUGUCAAAAAAAGGGUCUUUCUAGUUUGUUUCUACGUUUGUAUCUUUGAAUGUUGUAUCUCAAUCUUUGUACCUGAUUGGGAUCUGGGUUCUUGUUGAUAUGUCAAAAUGGUUUUUUUAUUGAUCUUUUGAUUUGAGGAUCUGGGUUGAUCUUAGUUUUUUCAAAGUUUUCUUCUUGGGGCAUUUACCAUUGAUUCUUAUGUUUAUCAUUUGUUUCCUUUGAAUUGGUGAUCUGGGUUCUCCUUGUUGUGUUAGAGCUUGAUAUCAAAAGUUAAGAAUUUUCAACUUUCAAGAACUACAUUGAUUGAUUAGAUGCGGAGUAGGAUAAGUUAGGACAUUUAUACGUUGGAGAUGAUGAUAUUUUGGGGUUGAUGCUGGAAAGAAUUGUAGUAAAACCAGUCACACGGUUGAGAAUUCUGGAUUGGAAUUAUGGGAUGCAUUUGCUCGAAAGGCGGUCGAGCAAAUAAUUUUUUAGACAAUAAUGUGAGAAGAAAAGAAAAAAACAAGCCUGCCAAACGGCUAGUCUCUUUAUCCAGAAAAGAUGAAGUCGUGGUAGAGGUUGAUGGCAGUGCUAAUGAUGCCACAGCUAGCUUGAUAUCGAAUCAACCUGGAAACGAUAACGUGGAGUAUGCUCCAGUAUCAUCCGAUGAGGGGGAAAAGAAGGAAAUAAUCGAAAAGGCUAAUAAUCGAAUGAGUUCUAGUAUAGUGAGUAUGAGCAAUGGAGAGAGAGGAGCACAGGUUGUUGCUGGUUGGCCUUCUUGGCUCACUGCUGUAGCUGGAGAAGCAAUCAAUGGAUGGGUGCCUCGAAGGGCAGAUUCAUUUGAGAAGCUGGAUAAGAUUGGACAGGGAACAUAUAGCAGUGUGUACAAAGCUCGGGAUCUUGAAACAAAUAAGAUAGUGGCAUUGAAGAAGGUGCGCUUUGCUAAUAUGGAUCCAGAAAGUGUUCGCUUUAUGGCAAGAGAAAUCAUUGUUUUGCGCAGGCUUGAUCACCCAAAUGUUAUGAAGCUUGAGGGUGUCAUUGCUUCAAGAAUGUCUGGCAGUUUAUACCUUGUAUUUGAAUAUAUGGAGCAUGACCUUGCAGGGCUUUUGGCCUCACCAGGGAUUAAAUUCACCGAAGCACAGAUUAAAUGUUACAUGCAGCAGCUGCUUCAUGGACUUGAACAUUGCCACAACCGUGGGGUAUUGCACCGUGAUAUAAAGGGAUCAAAUCUUCUGAUUGACACUAAUGGCAAUCUCAAGAUUGCUGAUUUUGGACUGGCAACUUUUUUCUCUUCACCUCAGAAGCAGCCUCUAACAAGUCGGGUAGUUACAUUGUGGUACAGACCUCCAGAGCUUUUGCUUGGUGCCACAGACUAUGGAGUUGCUGUGGAUCUAUGGAGCGCUGGUUGCAUUCUUGCAGAAUUGUUUGCUGGGAAGCCUAUCAUGCCUGGAAGAACUGAGGUGGAGCAACUGCACAAAAUCUUCAAACUUUGUGGGUCUCCUUCUGAUGAGUACUGGAAGAGAUCAAAACUGCCACAUGCAACCAUUUUCAAACCUCAGCAUCCUUAUAAACGUUGUGUUGCUGAGACAUAUAAGGACUUUCCGUCAUCAGCUUUGUCCCUGCUUGAUGUCCUUCUUGCAGUAGAACCUGAGCCCCGUGGUACUGCUUUUUCAGCACUUGAUAGUGAGUUCUUCAAGAUGAAGCCUCUUCCUUGUGAUCCAUCAAGUUUGCCCAAGUACCCACCAACCAAGGAGUUUGAUGUAAAGUUUCGGGAUGAGGAUGCUAGAAGGCGGAGAGCAGUUGGAGGUAAAGGACGUGGACAUGAAUCAACUAGAAGGAGUUCGAAAGAAAGUAAAGCUGUGCCAGCACCAGAUGCCAAUGCAGAGUUGCAGGCAUCCAUACAGAAGCGACAAGGGCAGUCUAACCAAAUAAGCAUCAGUGAACAGUACAAUCAUGAAGAAGAUGGUGGUUCUGGCUAUCCUAUUGGUCCUGCCAAAGGAACAACAAGAAAUGUCUACUCUCAUUCUGGCCAGUCAAUGCAUCCUACAAACUUUGGAUCUUCACGUAAUAUGAAUAUCAAUGAUGCUGCUCUUAGGGCUCCUAGCCAAGACUUUAUUUCUCCAAGGCAGACUGCAGAGUUGAGCGCUCAGAGAUCUUUUGUUCAACGGGAAGCAGUCCUGUCUAGAUUUUCUAAUUCAGUUGCAGUUAGAGGCGAUUCACACUUUCAAGGUUGCAGUUCAACUAACAUGAAUUCGCACUGGCCAGAGGAGAGUUUUAAUGUUAGAUACAACAAUCUGGACGAUUCCUCCCACAGUCUAUUAGGCGGGCCAAAUUUCUCGCAUAAGAAGCCUGGUUUGGAGUCUACAAUGGGUUAUUCUGCAAAGAAAGGACGUGUUCAUUACUCUGGACCAUUGGUGCCUCAAGGUGGAAACAUUGAGGAAAUGCUCAAAGAGCACGAGAGACAAAUCCAGCGAGCUAUGCGUAAAGCUUGUUUGGAAAAGAACAACAAUGAAAGUGGACAGUCUCAAUCACUACUUUAUCAUCAGAGAAUAAAUGGUCAAUGACCCUGGGUUAAGAGAGCAUGGCAAAUGACAUAACUUUUUAUAUUCCUUAAUGACAAUUAAGGAAUAUCAGUGGCAUCUUUCCAUCAGAUAGUUACAAGCAUCUUCCAUAAUUGGCAUGACAUCGAACAGCAAAAUGGAGAGAAAUGAAUGAAAUGCCAAUCAAAUCCAUCACCUCUGGUGUAGUACAAGAUUGGCGAUGGAUUUUUCAUGACACCAACCAAGUAUGUGUUUGCCAAAUCACUCUCUUUGGUUUGUCCAGUUUCAAAGGUAUACUUUGUACAGCUGAAAAUCUGAUUGUUAUUUUUUUUUGGAUCAAUUUUCCCUCAUUCUGUGGAGAGGCUGCAAUAAUCCCAGAUGCCACUCCAAAAUGUUGCUCGGGGUAGCUUUAUAACAAUACAAAGUGUAACUCGUUCUUUUCUUUGCCCUAGCAGGCACAUGAUGAAUAGCAAUAUAAUGAAUAUAUAUAUAAAAAAAAAAACCAUUUGAUUCUGGAUUA